AUGGCCUUUCCCCCUUCCUACGGAUUCAUCACGAGUACGCUGCAUGGCAAGGCUGAAGGUCCGACACUGCCGGAGAUCAAUAAGGUGUCGGGAAAGUUUGUGGUAGUUGUCGCUAGUUCAGGGAAAGGGUUGAUAUACUUGGGAGCUUUGGAGAAGGGCCUUUUCAGGGUCGAUCCGGAACUCGAGGUCUUGUCGCAAGUUGUAGAUCACUGUAAACCAGAGGAUGUUAAAGAUGUAGCGAAGCAAGUGCAGCGGAAAUUCCACGGACGGCUCGACGUUGCGGUUUCCAAUGCUGGCACGUCUGGCAAGCUCGUGUAUGAUGUCGAUGAGAAGACCGGGGAGCAUACCAGGGACCGCUACCCCGAGGAGAUCAUCCAGGACGGAAACGCUGCCAAUAUUAUCAACACCAACUUCCUUGGCAGCUACUAUGUGGCGAAGUAG